AUGGUCGAAGGUAAUUUUCUCGAUGAGCCAUCUAGCGUUGCAUUAUUAAGCUCCAAAUCCAUGUGCGAUGGACAUCAUAGCGUCAAGAGCAGUAUAGGGGAUGAGAUCUUUAAAUUGCUGACGAAGAUUUUAAAUUCGGAUGAGAAAGCGAACGGAGAUGUGCAUACGCUCGUUUCAGGAUCUGCAGAUUUAUCAAAUUUCAACUUCGAAAAUGAACCGCUCGAAAACAUACUUGCCGUAUUCAUAAUAUCAUUCAUUAUCGUCGUUGUUGGAGUUUUGUUACUUGGGCUUAUCGGCAUGAUAUUCAUUUCUUUCCGGUCAGGUAGCAACCAUGAUAAGAAACUACAACCUAAUGAUGAAGAAAAGCAAGUGCUUUCUGAAACACCAUAA